AUUAAGAUAAACUUGCACAUACUCCUGAACACUGGAGAAAUGCCUCCUUACCGAUCCAAAACUCAGCACAAAAAGGUUGGAAAAGACAAAGCAUUGAAUCAUGAGAAAAAAGUAAGCUCCCCAGGAGAUUCAAAGAUCCAUUAUGGGAGACGGCGGGAAGGUAAGAGCAAAAGUCAGUUGAAGAACAAAGAGUCAUUGCCUGAAAAAGAUGACAACCUUGAGCAAGACCCUUUAAAAACCCAAGGGCUGGCCAAGGAAAGCAAAGAGAAUGGCCAUGAAGAGCUAUUCUUGGGGGAGAGAGCCUAUGAGAGAAAUGAUAAAAAAGAAUCUGGUUUGGGGAGAAAACAUGGAGAACAAUUAGUGUCCAAGUUAGAGAGGAAAAAAGCAAAGGCCUGCAAACCACAGGAGGUGAAAUCAGUACAAGAAAGUGAGGACAACAGUGAUAAGGAGGAAAAGACUGCCACAAACAGCAAGAAAUGCAGUAUUAAAAGGAAGUGCGGAAAGCAUCCUAGUGUUAUUGAAAAAGUCAGCGACUCAGAGUCUGUAGAGUCCUCUGCAGUACAGAGUGUUGAAGGCUCUUUUCAGAAACACGACUUGCCACAGAAGGCACACAGUGCCAUGCAUGGGAAGAAGUACAAUGAGGAUCAUGGCAUUAAGAAAGCUUCUAAACACAAGUCAGGUUCUCAGUUCCAAGGCAGGAUUGCAAGGGAAAAAGGUGAGAGAAUAGGGAAAAAGCAAGUUGGAAAACGUACCCAGAUUAUGUUUACUGGAAGUGCAGAAGAAAAGUUCCUGGAAACCUCCAAUAACUCUGGUUCUGACUCCAGCAAGGAAAGCCAUUGUGCCUAUAAAAAAGAGACUUCAGUGGACAGCACUGCAAGCAGCGAAGAGAAGAGUAACACUUCAGAAGAUAGCACCAGUGAGAAAGAAGCUAUGCUGGAAGAUAUUCCUGUGGCUGAAGGAAAAGGCUACAAGGAACUACGCGGUGAAAGCAAUGAAGCAUCUAGUAAGACUGAAAGAGAGCAGAUGACCACAGAUGGAAGGAAAGAAUCUGAGGAGGAAGGCACUGACUUUGCAGGAUUAGAGGCGGAGGAGAAAAUGAGGAAGCAAGAUGACAUGCCAAGACAUCCAAGAUGUACUCUAGCUGAGAGCAGUGAGGAAAGUGAUGAUGUGAGCAUUUCAGGAUCCCAACUCAUAAGUCCUAAGAACAGAGAAAACGGUAAUACCACAGGAAGCAAGGAAAAUAUGUUAGAAAAUGACAAGGUUCAGGAUAUGUCAAAAGAUGAACAUGAUAAUUCUAGUGACAGUGGGGAGAACAGCACUGAAGUGAAUGCUGAAAAAGGAAAAGAAAGGGCAAGAAGAAAACCACUGCCUAGUGCUGUGAAGGCAAAACUCCCCAUUAGCAAAGCACUUCAGGGAACUGAACAGGAAAAAAAGGUGAAUGAUGAAGGCAGCACACUGGAAGACAGCCCUUUGCUUUUCAAGCAGCAAUUGACAUUGAAAGAGAAAUGCAUGAAAUGUGGGAGUACAGAACGAGGUGAAGUGGUAGGACGUAUACAGAGGGAUGGUUCUUCAGACUGCAGCAAGCAGGCGGUAGCAGCGAUGAUGCUUACUAAGAAAUACUCUUCUCAAUCCCAAAUCCUUCUCAAUCUGAAAAGCAAACAUAAAAAUGCUGAGACCAAACUAUUAACAAGCUGUAAACUAAAUCCUGCCCAGAUGGCUUUGGAAACCAGCUCUGAACUGAAAAAUGUUGGAAGUGUCUGUUCAAAACCUACAACUCUACAAACCUUCGGUACACAGAACGAACCCAACAUAGCUCAGAGUUUAGGAGAGAAAAGAUUAAGUCUUUCAAGUGUGUCAAGCUGCUCCUCUAUUACAAAAAAAUCAUCUGAUAAGCAGCACCUUGGCAAGAAGAAGAAAGUUGGAAAAGUUACUGGAAAAAUUAAACUGGGUUCACGCCAGACUUUUGAGGCAAAAAAAGAGAAAGCAGAAGAAGUAGUUGCAGAGGCGCCUUCUGAAAAAGCAAAUGUGCGUGAUGGGAAAGGAUCCAAGUACUUGCACACCACCCAUUCUACUUUUAGAAAAGUCACCACCCGGCUUGGUCAAAAACCUUCCAAGAAAGCAAGCCUGAAAGCUCGCCUUUUGAGCGUGGCACGUGCAAUUGGUAUUUCAGGAUGGCUCUUGAAGAAAUUUGGAAAGAGGAAGAGGAGCAGUAAGCCUUUCUGGCUGAGAAGUAGAAUGGCUAUCAGGAUUGUAAGUACUGCUGGGUGGGUUGGUCAGUCUGACAAAACCUGCUCUGAUGUAGCCAGACAGCUGGGGAGGGGUGAGAUGAAUGACAAAGGAUCUUCUCCUCCAUUAGCGGAGGGGAGAGGGGGCCCUAAAACAUCAGAGGAACUGGGACGUGCUGAUAUGCCUUCUGGUGAUUCCCCUCUUCAUGGAACCGUUUCUUUUCCAUACUCACUUAGCUUGGAUGAGGACAAGAACAAUAUUCCUGAUGCCAAGUUCGCUGUAGUUCUCCCCAGAAUGCACAGCGUGGUUAAGUCAAAGACCUCCGUACCUGCGGGCUCUGGAAAUGGUCGUUCCCUAGAGAAACUGAGAGCUCUAUCAGAGAGAAGAUCUGUGAUGCCUGUGCAACAGGGCUGUGGAUUCAAGCGUGACCUUCCCAGAUCUUUGAUGGAUCAAAGCCUUCAGAGAAACAGCGAACAAUGUUCCUGCAAUAGUGAAAUGUUUGCAUCAACAAGUACAAGACAGGUGACAUCUACUGCAACCCAGUGCAGAGUGACCAACCUUCUGAGCUCCUUGCCCCAGCAGAUAAAAACACCUGAGAGUGCUGCCACAUCCCAUUUGUCCACUGGGCAAACUUUGCAGCCUCACCACAAAGAUGCUCACCUUUCCCUUUCUUCAAAAGCAUCUGGAAAUUAUUGUUGUGCUCCAGGCUUCUUUCCACCUCAAAAAGAGGAUCCAACAUGUACAACAGAAUAUUCCAGGGAGGUGGAUGUCAAAGAGAAUUCAGGUGGCCUCCAGACUGUAAGUUCCAAAGCCAUACCUUGUGUUCACUGGUCCCAGCAGCAGGCUCAGGGAUGUGAUCCUGUGGCAUGGUUGAACUCUGAAUUGCUGCUCCCACAAAUCACCACUGAGAACCUCAGCAAAUGGGCCAUCUACAAGGAUCCACAUCUGACCAGCAGCCAUGUGGUGAAGGUCUGCAAGGAUCAGUGGGAGGCAGAAGACAUCACUGACGAUAUGCUGGAGAUGGAUUUCGUGCAGAAACAGGUGUACAUGGGUGAAGACCACAGAGUAGAAGUUGAGGAGAUAGAAGAUCUAACCAGACUGGAGUACGUGUUGUCAGUGGUAUUCUGCAGCUAAUUGAAGGUCACAGAGGCUUGUUUGUUAUCCUUAAAGCUCUUGCUGGCUCAGCAACAAAAAGCACAUUAUACAUCCUUGGCUACAACAUGGGAAAAUGCCGUUCUCGUUGCAUGAAGUGGGUGGUAAGUUGGGAAGACUUGCAGGAGGAGAAGGACAUUUUUAUGUUGUGUGCCUACUGACGAUGGCAUCUGUGGCUUUAGUGACUCCUGUUGCUUUCAGCUAUGUCAAACUCAGGCCCUAUGUCUUUAGCAGCUUUUAAUCACGGGUUGUUAAUCAUGCUGUUGUUGAAAUAGGAGCACCUAACACCGCUUCUUUUGCAUGUCCUGGCACCCUUUACCCUUGUGAUCCUGCUUAGAGAAACAACUCUAAAGGCUGUGUGCAAGGAGUUGUGAUCACACAGAUAUGGACAGGUUGGACACUGAGCUUUGGCUGUUCUAUUCUCUCUGAUGUGCUUAUUCCUGGACACGUUGGAAACAGAUGAAGGCAAUGAACAGUUUCAGAUCCCAGCCUCCCACAGAAUCCCUGG